AUGUUUGAAAUAUCAACACUUGGACAGCCUUUUGAAGUAAUCAAAACUCAUCUUGCUGCUAAUCGAAAGGAUAAUCUUAUAACGGCAUUGAAAAAAACAUAUCAAAGAGGUGGUGUUCUAGGUUUUUAUCAAGGAUUAAUACCGUGGGCAUGGAUCGAAUCUAGUACUAAGGCUGGUAUUCUUGGUGGAAUGGCUGGAGGUUUAGCACAAGCCUAUACUACCAUGGGUUUUUGUACUUUUAUGAAAACUGUUGAAGUUACGCGUCACAAAGCUCCUGCCGGUGAACAGGUUUCGAGUCUUAAGAUCGCUGCUGACAUAUGGAAAAAGGAAGGGAUCCGAGGAAUUAAUAAAGGUGUCAACGCUGUUGCCUUGCGACAAUGUACUAAUUGGGCCAAUGGUGAAAUACCUGACUAUAGUCGACCAUUAUCACCACUUCAAAAAAUUUUAGCUAGUGCUAUUGGUGGUGUUAUUCGUGUUGAAAUGCAAUCUCAAGUGAAAACACCUGGCCGUCCUGAGAAAAUGACAAUUGCCUCAGCCGCAAAAUUUAUAUAUAAAAAUAAUGGACUUAAAGGGUUUUAUCGUGGUGUAACGCCUAGAAUUUGUCUUGGUAUCUGGCAAACUAUUUGCAUGGUGUUUGGUGGUGAUACUGUCAAG